AGGAUGUCCCCCGAGAAAGUCGCCCUCCUGCUUUUCACUGCGGCUUGGGUGCUGCCUGCUGGAACCUCAGAGCCCCGCCCCGAUGAGAUCCGCACGGCGGAGGGGAACCCCACUCUGAACUUGGCCUCCAACUCCCUGGAUGACCUCUACCGAGGUUGCGUGAAGGCCAUGAAACGACGCCUCCCAUCCCUGCUGAAAGAGGAGCUGGAGGAGAACCAGCUCUUCCGUGAGGCGUGGGACCAAGCCAAGGAGAUGUGGAUGCAGAUGGAGAACCAAACAAUCUUCCCCAAGACGUUGAGGGCCCUCUACAGCGUCGCUGUCUUGGCCUACACUUUGGAAGAGCCACCACUCUAUGCGUCGUUCAACGUGGCGACCAGAACGGCGUGGAAGAGCCCCCAGGCAUAUGCCGGCUUUGCCUUCAAGUCCUUGCAUUUCCUCCUGACCCGAGCGGCCGAGAAGCUAGGAGCCAAGGAGCCCAGUUGUGCCAAAGUCUACCGAGGAACCAAGGUGAAGUUCUCCAUCGAGGGUUUGUUCCGCUUCGGCCAGUUCACGUCCACCUCAGAGAAGAGGCAGGAGGCGGAGGAAUUUGGACGCACGACUUUCUUCGUGCUGGUCUCGUGCCAGGGGUUCCCGGUGGGGAAUCUGUCCCGCUUCCCGGGGGAAGAGGAGAUGGUGGUGCCGCCCUACGAGAUGUUCUGGGUCACUGGGGUCAAGGAGACGCCAAGGAAGAAGACAGUGCACGCCAAGUCGGUGGGCGUCUGCAGCAACCAUAACUGCGCCUACCUGGGGAAAGAAGGGAACAGUACAAUGAGCUGCCCUGAUCACCAAGUGCUGUAUUUGUGAGGUGCUUGCCGCACCGGAGCAAGGAGGGGAAGCAGCAACCCCCUGGGAUGUUUUUAGCCAGGAG